AUGGCAUCAUGGAUUAUCAGAACAAUGCUGGCAAUGAGAAAAAUGGAAGAAAUUGCAAAAGAAAUGUUGGAAUAUCAAAAAGACAUAUUGGCACUCAAAGAAAUACGAUGGAAGGGAAAAGGGCAAAUAAAUAAGAAGAAAUAUUCUCUAUUUUAUGGCGGAGAAGAUAAAAAAGGGAGGAAUGGUAUAGAUUUUAUGAUCAGCCAUAGAAUGGAAAGAAAUGUGCUAGAAUAUGAAGUUAUAAAAGAAGCAAAAUACGAAGACAAAGAUGAAUUCUAUGUGAACCUGGUCAAGGUAUGCGAGGACAUCACAAGACAUGAUACAUUAUUAAUUAUUGGAGAUAUGAAUCCAGAAAUAGGAAAAAAAGACUACUUAAGAAGUGUGGCAGGAAAACACACCCUACACGAAAUAACUAACAAUAAUGGAUGGCGAAUAUGCAGUCUAGCCAAGGAAUUCAACAUAAAACGAAAUACGACACAUAUUAAUGAAAAAGAAUGGAGUCAGUAUUUCAAAGAAUUAUUAACAGAAGAAGACAGUGAAUACGAAGAAGAUGAUAUAAGUGACAAUGGUACCAUAUUAGAGAAUGAAGAAAAGCCGACGGAAGCAGAAUGUAAUGACAUAAUAGACAAAUUGAAACACAAUAAAAUAGGAGGGCCAGACGAAAUAGUGAAUGAACUAAUAAAAUAUGGAGGAGAUAAACUAAGGUACAAGAUAUUCAAGAGUAUGGGAAACAGAAGCAAUGCCAAGAGAGUGGUCUAA